CCUCCAUUCCGCAACAAAUGACAGACGAGGGCAGCACUCUCUCACUCUAAUUAUAAUCCAAUUUUAUUAGUUCAACUCACCGGCACACUAACAAGUAACACCCUUAUAAUUUUGCUGCAAAUUUCCUAUUUCGACGGAGAGUUAUCCAUCUGGGUCUUUUUCUACUUUUGUCUAAUAAUCCACAUCCACUGCCUUAAAGGUUUUGACCUCAGUUUGAAAGCUAGUAUACAGGGGAAUGAUCGGGAGGUAAGCGAGGAAAAUAUUGUAGAGAAAGAAGAUGUCGAGCAACAGAGGCACGCAUUGGUGUCAUAGUUGCAGAGAACCCAUAAUUCUUCAGAGACAAUCUUCGUGCCCCAACUGUGAUGGAGGUUUCAUUCAGGAGCUUGACGAUAUGUUGAGCACUACAACUGAAAAUCAUGAUCAAAGGCCCAGGUUUAUAGAAUCUGUGUCGAAUUUUCUCAGACGACAAAGGACUGUUAGAAGCAACGCGACUGGCAGCAGAGGGAGGUCCGAAGGUGGUUCUCUGAAUGGUAAUUCGUGGAAUUCGCUCCUAGUUUUCAGCGGUGAUAUGCCAGAUAGGAUGCCCGGGAGUGGUGGGCUCGUCGAAUUUCUUAACGAUGCUCUUGGAUUUAGACGAGACAAUGGUGGCGACUAUUUUAUUGGUCCUGGUGUAGAAGAAUUAUUCGAGCACAUUACGAGCAACAGUCAAAAUGUACCUCCUCCAGCUUCAAGAUCCUUCAUUGAUGCUCUGCCAACAAUCAAGAUUACAAAAAAGCACGUCCGUUCUGAUUCAACCUGCGCUGUUUGUAAAGAAAAAUUCGAAUUGGGUUCACAAGCGACAAAGCUGCCGUGCAAACAUCUAUAUCACUCGGAUUGCAUUGUUCCGUGGCUACAACAACGCAGUUCGUGCCCAGUUUGUCGCAAGGAGCUAACUCCUCAGCAAUCAAGCAAUGAGUGCAAUAGUUACCGUUCUAGGGAACAAAAUAGAAGCUGGAGUAGGAGAUUUGGUAGUCGAGAGGACAGAAAUGAGAAUCCAGGCAGGAGGAGAUGGUCUUUCUUGUGGCCUUUUGGAAAGUCUGGGUCCAGCUCUAGCCAGAAUAGAACAGCCGAACCUAGUUCAGUCGUCUACCAAGAACAUAACCAAGAUGGGGAGAGCUCAUAUCGGCCUUUUUGAAUAUUGAGAUUACUCAAUCUCAAGAAUUUCCUACUCUGUAAAUCUUUGUAAUCUUAAUUUUCCAACUCUAUUUGAAUAACUAGAUCUGCUGUGGGAAAUAAUGUCCUUACUCCAUUCAUUGUUUCGAAUAACUGGAAUUUGUUUAAUAAUCGCCAAUCAAAAGCACUCAAAAAGCGUAUGCAUUAUAAUCAUAA